UCUCUCUCUAGCUCUUCUCUCCUCCCCAUUUCCUUUCUCCACACUCGAUUCCCCUUGUUUUUCUAUUCGCUCUAGGGUCUCCUGUCUGUUGUGUUAAUUGUAUGUAUGGCUGGUUUGGACCUCGGCUCCGCCUCCCACUUCGUCUCUCAGCUCCACCGCUCCGACCUCCACCUCCAGCGCCCUCCCGACUCCUCCGACGACAAUGAUUCCGCCCGCCACCAGUUCUCCGGCGAGAACACCGACAACAACUCCAACCCCGGCCUCGAUCUCACCUCCUCCGGAGACAUGGUGGGCCGCCGCCCCCGCGGCCGUCCCCCGGGCUCCAAGAACAAGCCAAAGCCACCCGUAAUCAUCACACGAGAGAGCGCCAACACCCUCCGGGCCCACAUCCUCGAGAUCGCCAGCGGCUGCGACGUCUUCGACGCCGUAGCCACCUACGCCCGCAAGCGCCAGCGCGGGAUUUGCAUCCUCAGCGGCACUGGCACGGUCACUAACGUGACCCUCCGCCAGCCCGCCGCGGCCGGGAGCGUCGUCACGCUCCACGGCCGCUUUGAGAUCCUGUCCCUCUCAGGAUCCUUCCUCCCGCCCCCUGCCCCGCCCGGGGCCACCAGCUUGACUAUAUAUCUAGCUGGCGGCCAGGGUCAGGUGGUCGGGGGAAAUGUUGUCGGGGCCUUGAUUGCUUCAGGCCCCGUCAUCAUCAUCGCCUCCUCCUUCACCAACGUCGCUUACGAGCGGCUGCCGCUGGAGGAGGAGGGGCUUCAGAUGCAGCCGCAAACGUCGUCUCAGCCGCUCGGAGGCGGCCAGUUCUCCGAUCCGUCCCUCGGGCUGCCCUUCUUGAAUUUGCCUCUCAAUAUGCCUAACAACGGUCAGCUCCCAAUCGACGGCGCUGGUGCAUGGGCCGGAAACUCCGAAGCCGGCCGCCCCCAGUUUUAAUUAAUCAAGGUCAGAAUAUCAUCAUCUUCACAAACUAGAACAAUUAAUAUUCUCCUUCACUUAUCUUGUAAAUUUAGGUCAUAAUUAUUGUUUUUUUGUGGUGUUGCCAUUGUACUACCUCUUGAUUUGCCGAGUGAUUCGAAGAAGAAGGAAAAAAAACUUGCGUUUGAUGA